UGCCUUACAUGCCUUUUCCAAGCCCACGAAGCUUUUUUUUUUUUACAAAAAUGGCAGGAGCGGCUCUUUAGUUAAAUAUGGACAACAAGAAGGGCAGUUGGUUUUAAAACCCUAAGUCCCUAACUGGACAGAACUGAGUCAGCCAGCAGGGUUCUAGUUUCUUAGAUUUCUCCAUUCGAACGCUCACUCAAAAUCUCUCUAACCAUCAAACCAAGAAAAAAAGAAAACUUGAUGGGCUCCAUCAAAUUCCUUGUCUCAAGAACCUCACGCAAAAAUCUCUACCAACUUCUCCAAAACACUUCCCUAAAUCCUUCAUAUUUCCCUAGAAACAUUCACUCCCUCUUUUCCAGACAAUUCCACUCCUCCCAAACUGCCACCUUCUCAUCUUCUGCUCUUGAACCACAACAAACUAGCGCCUCUGCUCCAAGCCCCAAUACUCGUGUCCCUGCUACUGUCAUCACUGGCUUUCUUGGCUCUGGAAAGACAACUUUACUGAAUCAUAUUCUGACAUCUCAGCAUGGCAAGCGGAUUGCUGUCAUAGAAAAUGAGUUUGGUGAGGUGGAUAUUGAUGGAUCGCUGGUUGCCAGUCAUUCCACUGCAAGUGACGACAUUAUUAUGGUUAAUAAUGGUUGCUUGUGCUGUACAGUAAGAGGAGAUCUAGUUAAAAUGCUCCUGGAGCUGGUGAAGAAAAAUAGAGACAAAUUUGAUCAUAUUGUUAUAGAAACUACAGGACUUGCAAAGCCAGGCCCAGUUAUAGAAACAUUCUGCUCUGAUGAGCUGGUUUCUCGUUAUGUGAAACUGGAUGGAGUUGUUACUAUGGUGGACUCCAAGCAUGUCUUGCAACAUUUGAAUGAAGUAAAACCUAGAUUUGUUGUAAAUGAGGCAGUAGAACAAGUUGCUUAUGCUGACCGUAUUAUAUUGAACAAGAUAGAUUUGGUGUCUGAGGAAGAACUGAAGGGAUUGACUAUGAGAAUCAAGCAUAUCAAUGGGAUGGCUCCAAUUAAGCUAGCCAAAUAUGGCUCUGUUGACAUGGACUUUGUCUUGGGAGUGGGAGGAUAUGAUCUCGAAAGAAUUGAUUCAGAAGUUCACUUAGACAAUUCCUGCAGUUCGAUGCAUCAACAUGGGACCACACAAGAACACCAUCAAAGGCAUCACCACAACCAUGUGCAUGAUUCUGCUGUCUCUAGUGUCAGUAUAGUUUUCGAGGGAAUGCUUGACCUUGAUGAGGUCGAUGAUUGGUUAGAAAGGCUAAUUGAAGAAAAAGGUGAUGACUUGUACCGGAUGAAAGGUGUCUUGUCCGUCACCGGCUCUGAUCAACGAUACAUCUUCCAGGGGGUGCAUUCUUUAUUGGAUGGUUGCCCGGGCAAAACAUGGGGACCUGAUGAGAAGAGAAUAAACAAACUUGUGUUCAUAGGAAGAAAUUUAGAUGAAACUGCACUCAGAAAAGGUUUUAAAGGUUGUCUAGCAUGAAGACGUUAGAAAUACUGUGGUAUUUCUGGGGAAGAUUCCUUGUUAGGAUUAUUGUAAAAAGUCAAAAGUAACGAUCUACUCUAAAAUUAGGGAUGAAUACAAUGAUUAUGAUAUUCCAAA